GAUUGAAUUGACUCCGAAGUCUUAAAUUCCCAAAAAAAAAAGACUCUGAAGUCUUGCACGGCAGUUUCCCUUUCUCUAAGCUUUAUAUAAUGACAGAUAGAAUACCCAAAAAUUCAAUGUAACCUCUGUGAAAGUUAGCUUAUCUACCCCCAAUCAUUUGCAACUCCUCUCAGCUUCCUCCAUUAAUUCCCAGUCUUCAUCUUUCUUUCAAGAUCUAUUUUUUUUCUUGCAGUUGUGCUUCUGUCAAGCUACUAACCUAGUCUCGCCAUGUGCGUCAACUUCCAGCUCGAUCCACUCAAAUUCCUCACCGAUGUAUGGACAGGCCUGUCACGGCCAAUGGAAUAUCUCCGCGAUCCCAAACCCGGAAUUACUCGGCUCACAGACGCCAUGAUCCACCUCCGAAGCAAGGGCGAAGACAUCAAUAACAGAAUCCGCUCCGCCGAGCUGGGCGGCCUAACGCCGACUCAUCAAGUCCAGGACUGGUUAAAAAAGGUCGCCGCCAUCGACGAAAUGGUCUCCAAAAUCCAAACUGACCAUGAAAAUGGAUCCUUUCGUUGGUUCAUCAACCGCCGCGCGGUGCAAAGCCUUGCUAAAGUCAGAUCAUUGGGCAAAGACUACGACUUUAGCAUCGUUGCCACCAGGCUGCCACCAAACGGAGUGCGGGUAGUCCCGGCCGAGCCGCCGCCGGCCAACCGUACCAUGGUCUUGUACCUCUCCCAACUCCAAGCUUUUCUCCAAGACGAUGGAUCCCGAAUCAUCGGCAUCUGGGGCAUGGGCGGCGUGGGAAAAACCACUCUUUUGCGCAGCCUCAACCAGGAGCUGCUAUGUUCAUCGGAAGCAGGGAAAACCCCGCCGAUGUUCGACCACGUUAUCUGGGCCGUGGCAUCCAAGGACUACCAGCUUGGGAAGCUCCAGCGGUACAUCUCAAAGUGGCUUGGUCUACCGCUGCGCAAAGAUAGGACCCGACAAGCGAUGGAGAUCAUGGACUUUUUGAAAAACAAGAGCUUUCUUUUACUCCUCGACGACCUCUGGCAACCCAUAGAGUUCGCAGAUUUAGGUAUCCCCCAGCUUCCCCAAAACGGAAUUAAGAAGCAGAAGGUGGUGUUCACCACACGGCUCGAAGGUGUUUGUGGGGAGAUGCAAGCUCGGCCAAAGAUGAAGGUUGAGUGCCUAAACGAGGAAGAAGCAUUGAGGCUUUUUCAGGAGAAAGUUGGCGAGGAGACUCUCCAAGCGCACAUUAGGAUUCCAAAGCUUGCACAAGAUGUGGCUAAAGAGUGUGAUGGGCUUCCGCUCGCUCUUGUGGUCAUCGGUGCCGCGAUGUGCACGAAGAAAACACCAAGGGAGUGGCAGAACGCCCUUACCUUGCUUCAAAAGUCUCGGCCGUAUGAAAUCCAAGGCAUGGGUGACAAGAUUCUUCCCAAACUGAAGUUCAGCUACGACAAUUUGGCUGAUGAAAUUUUCCGCAAGUGCUUCAUGCUCUGUUCUCUGUGGCCAGAAGAUCACUCGAUUUCUAAGACUGAUCUCAUCGAUUGCUGGAUGGGGCAUGGGUUGGUCGACGAACGCAAGUUCGACAACAUCAACGAAGCUUAUGACAGCGGGCACGCCAUGAUCGGUGGGUUGCAAGCUGCGUGCCUCCUUGAACCAGGGAAUAACAAAGACAGAGAGGUGAAGAUGCAUGACGUGGUAAGAGAUCUCGCUCUCUGGAUUGCGUCGGAUUGUGGUGAGAGGCAAAACAGAUUCAUCGUCCUUUCUAGUGUAACGGCUUCCCAGGAUUGGCACAGAGAGGCGGAAAAGAUGUCGCUUGUUGGAAGCAAUGUCAGCGACACAUCUGGCCUUCCGUCCAAUUGUUUCAAGCUGGAAACGUUGAUGGUACAGGGAAGCAUCUCCUUUAAGUCUGUGACUGGAUUCUUUCAUGGGACUACUGCUUUGACUUAUCUCGAUCUCUCCUAUACAGCAAUCUACGACCUGCCGCAGGAAAUUGGCCUGCUUGGUAAUCUUCGAUACCUCAAUAUCUCCCACACAAACAUUCCAUCGCUUCCAGUGCAGCUCAGUAAUCUCCGCGAGCUCAGAUUCUUGCUCUUAAGGGAUCUGGAAUGUAUCAUCAUUCCUAGCGGUCUGCUGGAGAAGCUUGUGAUGUUGUCCGUGAUCGACAUGACUAAUACUUGGUGCGAUAACUGGAAAGAGCUCUCAAGGCUGCGUGGUUGUUUGAAAGGCGUGGGUAUCGUUUUAGAGAGCAUUGAAGAUCUGCACCAGCUUGCCCAGCUCCCAAAUGUACUGACUUGGCGGCUGGGGCUGAGGAAACUGGUGGGAUUCAAUGAGCCACUACAGCUUCUCUCGCCUUUGCAGCUAGGGAGCCGCAGCAUUCGUUUCAGUAUCCAGAUGCUAAAAAUCGAGUUAUGUGAGAGCUUAGAGGUGGUGUCCAUGGAAUAUGACGGUGGCGGCGAUAAGUGUUCCCUAUCGAGGUUGGAGGAAGUAGAGCUCAGGAGCUUGCCGGAGCUAAAGGAGAUUGUUUGGAGAGGAGUUUGUCCUGCGGAAAUGCUGCCGAGUUUGACUAUGCUGACGAUUUCUGGUUGCCACAACUUGUCAAACCUCUCGUGGGUGAUCCGAUUACCGAGCUUGGAAGAUCUCACUGUGUAUCGUUGCAGCUCAAUGGAGCAAAUAGUCGAUGCUGAUAAUGAAAUCAGUUUCGGUGGUGAAGAAGUGAAUGGCGUUGGAGCGGCCAGUUGGGCAUUCCCAAGUCUUAGGAGGCUCUGCUUAAGGGAUUUGAGAAGCUUGAGAGUGUUUGGAGAGUCAUUUGCGUUCCCUUCAUUGGAAGUGAUGCGUGUUAUGGAUUGCCCAGAGAUGAAGGCGCUACCUUUUGGGAAGGAGAUGGUUGUAAGGAAGCUGAAAGAGAUAUGGGGUGACAGACAAUGGUGGGAGAAGUUGGACAUGAAAGACGAUGAUAGGGAGGCUCUUUUGCCGUAUUUGAAUGUGGGAUUGUUCGGUGGAGGCGGCUUCACAGUUACAUCCACUGUCCACUAAAAAAAUUUGUCCUCAGAAAGCUAUAUAUUUUCAAUUACUUCAUAGUUUCAUGUUAGCAGCUAAUACCAAGAAGAUCGUCUCAAAUAUAAUAAAAUUUUUUGAACUGUUAAAAUCUUUA